UAUAAAACUACUAACGUUUGGUUCUGAGACAAGUCAGCAGCCAUGUUUAUUGAUGUUUACCAUAUUCAUGUUUGUUUAUGUUCAUUGCGUCAUUGUUUACUGUUGUCUGUUUCUGGGCUGGCAGAUGUGUGUGUCGAGGUGUCUGCGGUGUGUGGGCGUGUCUCUGAUUCCCAUGGCAAUCGUCUGCAUGCUCUCCAACAUCCUACUGCUGCUUCCUGAGCUGAAGAUCCACUUCCUGUUGGAGGGUCAUGUGACCCGAGAGGCCACCUGGGCCACGGGCCUGUGGGGUUCUGGUUUCCUGGUUUUAAUUGGAGCUCGAGCGUUCGUCCAAACCAGCAAGACCAAAGGCUGCUGGGCCUUCAGGAGUCAGAUGUUCUGUCAGGUUUUGUACUCCUGUGUGGGGUGUCUGGCUGCCUUCAGCUGUUCUCUGGUCAGUGCCACCGGUCUAUCCCAGGGUCCUCUCUGUCUCUACAACUCGUCCUCUGGUCCCACCUGGGGGGUCCCUCUGAAGCCCAUCCCUGACAGACACUCGGGGUACCUGUACAAUCGGACUCUGUGGUCGGGGGUCUGCCUGGAGCCCCACUCUGUGGUCCAGUGGAACGUGGUUCUGUUCAGUGUAAUGGGGGCCACCAGCGCUCUGCAGGCUGUCCUCUGUGGGCUCAAUGCGUUUAACUCYAUGUUGGGUCUGAUCCUGGGUCAGGGCUUCUGUCAGAACAAGGUCAGUCCAGUUUCAGUCUGAGACGAUCCGGGUCAGAAACAACCUGAAAGAUGUUUCUGGAAGAAGCAAUGAUGGAGAACAUGAAGAGGUUUCGACUCAGCACUGAAGAAACUUUUACUGACGGUCUUUGAACACAUCGUGGGCUACUUGGUUAAAGUURUUCACUAAACAAAAUGAAACAUUUUAUUGUAGGAACAGUCCUGUUUCAAUGGCAACACCUCAUUUUCCAGAACCCUGCUUCAGGGGAACAACAUGUCGAGCCUCAGAACGAGGUGCUGCUUGGUGUUUUAUGUUUACAGAUAAAUAAUGUAUUAUUCCGCAUUCUAUGACAAAAUAUAAUAUUUAUUUAUUUUAUGAUUAUUUACAGUGGAUUGCUUUAAAUGGUUUUAUGUCACAUUUGUUCAAAGAUCAUUUUAUGUUCCUUUGUUAACAAAAGUUUUUAAUUUAUUAACACUUGUAAUAAAUGUAAAGAUGAUGAA